GUUAUUUAGAAUUUACGAUCAGUAUCAUUAAAUGUGUGCGAAAAAUUACGAAUCGUCAAAUAAAAAAUAAAUGUCGAGUUUGUUCGAUUAAAAUUUUAUUAUUGUUAUUAAAUUAACGAAAGACAUUUUAGAUUCGAUUCGACUACAAUUCGUGUGAUUGACAGUCGACAAUAGUCAUCAUGGAUGAUAAAACAAAAUUAAAGAACAGUGUUUUAUCAAAUUUACGUGCUGUUUUAUUGUCAGUCAAGGGAACAUGUUCCUUAAAGAAAGUUGCAGGUGAUUAUAAUAUGUUAUUGGGUGAAGAAAUUCCAUUUAAAAAAUUAGGCUAUAAAACAUUGCUCGAUUUCGUUACAAAAGAGAAUGCUUUUAAAAUUGUCAAAUCACCAACGGGUGAAGUCAUGGUGGAUGCUACACCUGAUGCUAAAUCCGCUCACAUUGUUGAUAUGAUAACCAAGCAAAAAACAAAAUCACGAGGAUCGAAAGGACGAACACGAAGUCGUCGAUUUGCGCCAGUACAAAAUACAGUAUCAACAAGUAAUCGUAUUCCAUCAUCACAAAAUAAUAAUUGGAAACCAAAGGCAUUAACUCCUGUGAAAAGUGCGAGACGACCGUCACAACAAUCGUCAUCGAAUCGUAAUAGACGACAACAACGAUCUGUACAUAUGAAUAUUGCAUCUGAUCGACUUAAAGCUUUACAAAUUGCAACUGAUAAUCAUGAACACUCAAAAGAAACAAUUGUAUACAAAAACUCCAAACCAAAAGAAAACAAUGAACAACAGCAACACCAACAACAACAAACACAGCAAAAACCAACAGCAGCAAUAACAAAACGACAACAAUCAUUCGUAAAACAACAAUCAGGUGGAGGUGAUAAUAAUGAAAUCAAUAACAAAAAAUCAGUAAUAUCACGUGAAAAUUCAAAUGACUCAACAACAAUUAAUAAUAAUAUCAAUAAAAUAGUAUUAUCACGUCAAUCGUCAUCAAAUAAUGAGACUGUGGUAGAUUUAUUAAAAAAUGUUCCAAAAGAAUUAUUAAGAGAUGUACCAUUUGAUAAUACUGAUAUAACAUUUAAUGAUAUACUUGAUCGUACUAGUACCACCAUUUUAAAUAAUAAUAAUAAUAAAUUUAAACAAUUAUCACCUUCAUCAUCCAUCAUAUCCAAUACAUCCAAUACAACAAGUACAUCAGCCACACAUGAUGAUGAUUCAUCAAUAUAUUCUACUUCUGAACUUAUUGAUGUCACAGAUCAUACAUCAUCAAAUUCCUCAUCACCAACAACGUUAAAUGAUACAACAAAUAAUAAAAAAUGGUCUCCAUCAGUACCUUCAUCAAUAUUAGUAUCUACGUCACGUGGUCGCGGACGUUUAGUUAGACCGUUAAUACAACAACAGCCACAAUCACCCACACAAACACAAGAUGAACAGAUUUAUCAAUUUAAUCAGUUCAAUACCAAACAGUUUGCAGACAGCUUACAAACAGCUACACCAACAGUAGUAAAUCAUGUACCAAAAACAAAGUUAUUAAGUGAGAAACAGUUAUGUGAUCUAAUGAAUGAAUUGCAAUUAGAUUAUGAAAUUGAAUACAAAGUAAUACCACGGCCACAUAAUCAUGCACAAUUAUUUAAUGCACAAAUUAAAAUUGGUCAUCAUGUGCAAUGUUCAACAUGGCCUGAUGAAUUUACACUACAUGAUGAUGCAUUAGAUGCUGUUUUUAAGAAAGCAAUUAUUGAAGUUAAUAAGCAAUAUUCUUACAUACGUUUACCAAUAUCAUCAAUAAAUGUAAUUGGUGAUCGUUUACGUCCAUUAAUUGCUGAACAUCCUACAGGAAUAUGGAAUGAUACUAUCGAAAAAUUGUAUACUCAAAAAUAUAAUGAACGUUUACCAACUAAUUGGCUAUGUUUAGCAAAUAAAUAUGGAAUUGCUACGGAAUGUGCACCCAAUGAGAAAUUCAUUUUAACAUUAAUGGAAGGCUAUGAACAUCCGUCAACAAUAUUACCAGCAUCAUUGUCAGCAACAGAUGAAAUUGAUUUGAAUAAUUCAAUAUCAGCACCGAUUUUACCAACACCUGAUGAUAAUUAUUUAAGUGUUGUAAUUACAUGUACAAAUUCUACAACUGAUAUUGCAUUCCGUAUUAUUGGUACACCAUUAUCGGAACGUUAUAGAAGAUUAACCGUUGAUAUGGAAAAAUAUUAUAAUAAAGAAAACAUCAAGCCAAUCGAUCUACAGAAGAUAUCAGCUGGUAAUUAUUACGCAGUUUCAAAUAAUAACACAUGGAUGCGUGUACGUGUAUUAGAACAUCCUCAGUUUGUAAAUAAUUCAGCAGAUGAUUUAGAAAUACUAUGUUCAUUUAUUGAUCAUGGACAUGAAUAUCCAAUUAAUGUUAAUAAUCUACAUGAAUUACCAUAUACAUUCCGUUCGGUACCUGCACAAGCAAUACAUUGUAGUUUAGUUGGGUUGGAAGAAUUUUCUGAAACAGAAAUUGCUUUACCAUAUCUAGAAGAUUUAAUUGGAAAACAUUUAUUCUUAAAAGUAUUUGAAGAUAUCGAUACUUAUGGUGGUUUAAGUGUUGUAUUAUUUGACACAACAAGUGAUGAAGAUGUCAAUAUAAAUAUAUCAAUAAUGGAAGAAGUAUGUAAACAAUUUAUAAAAACAUUAACACAUAAUGAAAUUAAAGAAAUGAAUAUUGUUUACGCUGAUGAAAAUGGUUACGUCUAUUUAUUCGAUAUUAAUACAAAUGAUAACAUACACGAUUUAAUAUUUAUUGAUUUAAUGGAAAAAUUACGUACUAGAAUUGAAGAAUCUAUUUUUACAACAAAAGAUGUUCAAUACGUUACUAAUUGUUUGAACAUUCAUGUAAAUGAUGAACAUUUAUAUUUAGCGAAAUUCACUGAUGGUUCUUUUUAUAGAUGCAAAUUUAUAGAGCUUAAUCAAAGUAAAAAUAGUGGAACUGUAUUAUUUAUUGAUUACGGUAAUACACUAACAAUUAAUUUUAAUGUGGAUAAAGAAAAUUUAUUAGAAUUAUCAUCGUAUUCACAUGUUUUACUAAAAAUACCACCACAAUGUAUCAAAGCAAGAUUACACUAUAAUGUACCAAAAUUACCAUCAAAUAUUGGUGAAAAAUUAAUGAAAAUAAUUAAUACAAUAAAUGAUCAGAAUCAAUCAAUAUUAGUUAAAGUAUUAGUACCAGCUGGUGAUAAACCAUUUGAUUAUUUACCUGUUGUUGAAUUAUUUACUAGAAAAUGUACACAAGAUGAUAAAAGUUUUAAUAGUAAUGUUGAUAACAAUGAUGUUGAUAUUAAUACAUUAUAUUCAAUUAAUAAAGUAUUAGGAUUAUUAAUGAGAGAGUAA